AUGGCAGAUGCUGCUAUUAGUGCCACUAUAAAUGUUCUGUUGGGGAAGGUCAUUUCUCCUGCCGCAGCUCGGAUCCUGUUAGUGUUUGGAUUCGAGAAGGAACUGGAAAAUGUACAAGAAUCUGCUCAAGUGGUCCUAGCUGUCUUGGUUGAUGCUAAGGCUAAGCAAGCUGAAAAUGAGAUGGUGAGACUUUGGCUAGAGAAGGUUGAAAGGGUGGCUUUUGAAGCUGACAAUGUUUUUCAAAUGGGUUCCAAGAUCAAGGGGAUCAACCUAAAGUUGACAAGCUGCAAUUUGAAAGCCAUGGAAAUUGGGUUAAUUAUCAGAACUACGUUGCUACCUGUUGCUUCUGCUUUUAGCAGUAGAUCUGGAGAAGAAUUUGAAAUUGUUGCAAUUUUGUUGGGCUUCUCUAGUGAAAAUGUUGUUGCUGUUCUUCCGAUUGUUGGUAUGGGUGGAUUAGGGAAAACAACUUUAGCUAAAUCGGUGUACAACAAUAGGCAAAUCAAUAGUCACUUUUCUAAAAAAGUUUGGAUAUGUGUGUCUCAAAAAUUUAGAGUGACAGAGAUUUUCAAAUUGAUUUUGGAGUCACUGAGGGGUGGAGGGGAGGUUAAAAUGUCUAGUCAAGACGCUAUAGUUCAACAAAUUCGGACAAAGCUUCGUGGAGAAAGGUUUCUCUCAGUUCUUGAUGAUGUUUGGAAUGAGGUUCCAGAAUUGUGGGAAGAAUUUUUCAUGUCCUUGGUAGAACUAAGCAGCACGAAUGGAAGCUGCUGUCUAUUGACUACUCCUUUGCAAACAACAGCCAGGAUUGUGUCUACCCACGAGCCUUAUUUCUUGAAAAAGCUAAAAGAUGAUGAUUGUUGGUCUAUUCUUACACAAAAAGCAACUAAGGGUGGAAAUAUGCCAAAUGAAAUGAAUGCCCUCAGGAACCAAAUUUUGAGUAGAUGCCAAGGUCUACCUCUAGUUGCAAAAGCCAUCGGAGGUCUACUGCGGUUGCAAGAAAAAAAAGAAUGGCCUUCCAUUUUGGAAAAUAAGAUUUUGAAAUUUAGUGGAGAUCAUGAAGGUGACAAUGGCAUUACACAAAUUCUUAAGUUGAGCUUUAAUUAUUUGCCAUUUACACCUAUCAAGAAAUGUUUUGCUUAUCUUUCAAUAUUUCACAAGGAUGAAGAAAUGAGGGGAGAUGAACUAAUCCAACUUUGGAUGGCAGAGGGUUUUCUUGAUGAAGCGAGUGUUGUUAGAGAAACAGCAUUAACAAUGGAGGAAAUAGGUUGCAGCUAUCUUAGAAUUUUAGUACAGAGUUCCUUGUUGGGUGAAAGUUUUGAUAACAGGGGACCCUUGUAUAGAAUGCAUUAUCUUGUUCAUGACCUUGCGGAACUAGUUUCAAAGAAGGAUAUGGUAAGGCGAAGUAGUAAUCAAGGGCGGUAUCUUGUGCUAGACUCACUUGAAGAAGGGAGGGAAAAGGUCUUAAAUAAUGCGCAAUGGGUACGAACAUUGUUUUGGAAAAAUGAGGGACUACUUGCCCUCUAUCAGCAAACUGAAACAUUUAUGCUAUCAAGGUCUAAGAUUAUGGUAUUGCCAGAAUCUCUUUGCAAGCUUUAUAAUUUGCAAACACUGAGGUUACACUAUGAUCUGCAAGGCCUUGCACGAGGGAUGAAAAGUCUGAUUAGUUUGAGGCAUCUCCACUAUUACAACUCUGAUGAGAAGCUUCAAAUGCCGCAGGAGUUGGGGCGGCUAAUUUGGCUUCAGAAGCUUUUAUUCUUUAACGUAGGAGAAGUUAAGGGUUGUCAAAUAGAAGAGCUCGGUUACAUGAAAGAACUGAAAGCGGGAAAUCUGAAAAGGUUGGAAUUUAUUUGGGGCAGUAGUUCGGAUCGCCUUGGAACAGAAACUCGCGAUAAGCACGUUUUGGAAGGCCUCAAACCUCACCCAAAUUUAGAAGAGUUAAUGAUUGAGAAUUUUCUGGGUGAUCAGUUCCCUGAAUGGUUCGGAAAGUUGUCCGCCUUGGUUACAUUGAAGUUGAGUCAGUGCGAUAGUUGCACUCAGCUCUCAGCACUUGGAAAGUUUCCAUGCCUAGAAACUCUUGAAUUAACCGAAAUGAGGAAUUUGACUGAAUGGAAGGAAGCAGUGGCAGUUGAUGUUGAUGCUGUUUUGUUUCCAAAGCUUCAAAGUUUGCGUAUUAAUGAUUGUGGCCAACUGAUUAGCACUCCCACUCCAUUUCCAAGUCUUCGUCGCUUGGAGAUUUAUGGGAAUGUAGAAGCCAUGGUGGUUCGAAAAAUUCUUACAAGUGGAGUAGUUUCUCUGAUGUGGUUGGACUACCUCACCACAAAUAUCAUCAAUGCUUACCACCUCUCCUCUCUCAAGAAUCUUGACAUUCAUUCUUGCACAGGUUUGACUAAUAUACCGAGUGAAACUCUGGAAGGUUGUACAUCCCUUGAUAGUUUUUGGGUUUUUAACUGUCCGAAUUUGGUGUCAUGGCCACUUGAUUUGCAGCAAACUCCUCUCUCAUCUAUUCGUUUUGAUGACUGCCCGAAAUUAUUCACUCAAAAUGAGCAUAUGCCCAGGGGUUUCAGUCACCUCUGCAACUUACGUGAUUUGUCCAUCGGUCCUUCCUCAAAUGAUGAUUCAAUUGUGCUGCCGGAUGAGCUUCAGAGCUUCACUUUCUUAAAAAGUUUACAUCUCAUGGACUAUGGGUAUUUAGAAAGUUUACCUGAAUGGUUGGGCAGCCUUGUUUCUCUGCAAACACUUCAUCUUAAGAAGUUUCCAAAGCUCCAACAUUUACCCUCUUUGCAUGCCAUGCAAUGCCUGAUCAAAUUAAGAUCAUUGGAGUUUUCAAAUUGUCCUCUUAUUAAAGAAACUUUUGACCCGUGUUUAGGCUCCUUGUUGAAAAGGAAGUGUUCCCAAAGAUACAUUGGCGAGAUGAAAGACUAUAUGUAUUCCUACACUCGAGUUCCAUCUAACAAUAUCAAUAUAAUUGACAUGUUCAUCAUUGAGUCUUGUUUAAAUUCUUCUUCAACGUUUGCCAUCUUCUUGAAGCAUGAGAAGCCAAACUUGGCUAGUGAAUCUGCAGCCUCAUUGGAUGCAAUUAUAGUUUCCCAGAGAAUUCCUGGCUCGGGCAGCUCAGCGAAAGGCGUCUCUAUGGAGGCGCCGCCUGUUGCUUGCAAUCAUGUAUCUGACGGACUGCUUCAGCAGCAGUUCGAGGAGGGGCCUGACCAAAGAACGUCUUUUAUGAUUUAUUGUCUGAUUGAUGGUCUGAUUGGUGGUCUGAUUGAUGAGCUUGUAGUGAACACAAAGAAGCUUGUCGACGCUACCGCCAGAGAGAUGGAUAAAUGGAGAAGGCCUUGA